CUUUUCCCUUUUGCCAAACAAAAAAGUAAAAAUUAAUUCUCACUCGCUCUCUCUUUCUCUGACCUGAAGAGAACAUUUAAGGUUCCGAUGCAAGACGACAGAUUUUCAACAGUCUAUGGAGACUUCGGAGGCAAGCAACCGAAUGAUCACCAGAGCGACGGAGUUUACUCUUCCACCACCACCUCAUCCUCCACUUCCAACGCUUCUAUGUUCGCUCUUUACAAUCCUCGCAUCCUCAUGCAACAACAUCAAGAUAUGAUCAACCGCCACAACCUCUGCCUCACUCGUCUCCGUGAAGCUGCAAAGGAAGCCGAGGCUCUCCGCCAAGAGAAUUCCUCGCUUCGAUCUGUCAACCUAGACCUCAACAAGCAACUCAGCGCGCUGAUCCAAGCCUCUGUUCAGAACCACUUCUCGUCUUCUGAUUACAAUUCCACGCCGUUCGAGUUGGUGAACGCCUUGCGAGGACUUUGCCUCGGUAGUGGCGGCGUCGGAGAGGCGGAUAUUUCUGAUGAGAGUCCGACAAGCGUGAUGGAAGGCGCGGUGGACGUGGAGCGGGUUAUGUUGCCUAAGAGCAUUUCUGUUAGGUCUAAUGGAUACCUGAAGAUGAUGAAUCAAGCUGGAGUGAGUCAUCGUGGUAAAGCUUGUGGACCUACUCGGACCGGAAAUACCUCUCAACUCAGCGGAGCAGUGAAUGUACAGCAGAAGGUGUAUGUCCAGGGAGGUAAGAAGGAAGAAGAGCCGCUCGAGUUGGAAGUGUACAACCAAGGCAUGUUCAAGACUGAACUCUGCAACAAAUGGCAAGAGACUGGUGCCUGUCCUUAUGGUGAUCACUGUCAAUUCGCUCACGGCAUUGAAGAGCUCCGACCCGUAAUCCGCCACCCUCGCUACAAGACUGAGGUUUGCAGGAUGGUCCUUGCUGGUGAUGUCUGUCCCUAUGGGCAUCGAUGUCAUUUCCGCCAUGCGCUUACAGAGCAGGAGAAGUUCAUGGACCACCCCAAGCCAAGAGCCAGGUAAAUCAUGGGAGAUCAUCGAUAUGACAUGGUUGCUUGUUGUAGAGAUCAAUGUUCAUAAUCAUAAUCCUGAAACCCGCCCCAAAAAAUUGGAUAAAAGUGUAAUAUGCACAAUGUAGGAAGUUUACUGGUAUGGUGGACGUAUAUACAAUUGGAAUAAUUAGGGUCAUAAAAAAUAAGAAGAUAAGAAAGAAACAAAGUUAGUAGAUGGAGAUUGGAAGAGGCUCUGUGGUCCCGGAAGGUGGGAGAUUUGUUGCGGUUAUUAGAGGUAUUUGCUUUUGUUUUCUUUGCUUUUAAUAACAUUGUUUCUUCAAGAAUGCAAUUAAUGAUCCUUACUUGGGAUGUUUGGUGUGGCUAAACCAAUCCAAUGUGGAACUAAAAGAAAAGACGAGCAUUAAUAGUGAUGAUGUUCUUCAUUCUGCCAA